AUGGUGCUGGACCUCAUGACGGCGGGUCUUGCUUUGCUUAUUGUCAGCUUCGCCGUGUACUUACGAGACAAGGUCUCGGUCGGACUCACUGGAGUGGCGCUUGUGCAACUCAUUUCAAUGAGCCAGGCGCUCAACAUGCUAAUUUACUUCUGGACAUCGGUCGAGAUAUCCAUCGGUGCUGUUGCACGCAUCAAGAAUUUCACCGAGGAAGCGGGUGGCGAGAACAAACCCGACGAGACGACUCAGCCGCCCGAUACCCGGCCCUCGGCUGGUAAGAUCGAAGUCCGGAACCUUACCGCAUCGUACGACGAUUUAGAGUCCGCGAAAGCACUGGAUAGUAUUGAAGUUACUAUUAAUCCUGGUGAGAAGGUUGGAAUCUGUGGCCGCACCGGAAGGCAAGUCUAUCGACUCAACCUGAAGGACACAUAG